GCUGGAUUUUGAUCCCAAUCACAACAUCUUUUCAUACUUGAUUUUGAGAACAGGCCCUUCUCCUAUUUUUGAUAGUAGGAGAUUCAUCAAUCAUCCCAUCCUAUUUUCGUGUUUAUGCAAUAGUAGCAUAUUUUCAGGUAAAUAAGAACAACAAAUCGGUAGCUAUAAUGGCUCUCAACGUAAAUCGAAACGUUUCGGAUGCGUUUUAUCGUUACAAAAUGCCUCGCCUGUUGGCCAAGGUAGAAGGCAAAGGGAAUGGCAUCAAGACCGUCAUCGUCAACAUGACCGAAAUCGCUAAAGCACUUGGACGUCCACCAACUUAUCCGACCAAGUUUUUCGGCUGUGAAUUGGGAGCUCAAACGCAAUUCGACAUCAAGAACGAUCGUUUCAUCGUCAAUGGUGCGCACGAGGCUGGGAAACUGCAGCAAAUGCUUGACAUUUUUAUCAAGAAAUUUGUCCUGUGUCCUGGUUGUGACAAUCCUGAAACCGUCCUAACGGUCCAUGCAAAAAAACAAACCAUUUCACAAUCUUGUAAAGCUUGUGGAUAUAAUGGCCAAUUGGAUAUGCGCCACAAACUGACCACGUUCAUCCUUAAAAAUCCCCCUGAGUUAAGCCCUGCUGCCCAAGGAGCGUCUCUUACUGAAGGCAAGAAGGCCAAGCGAGGAAAGAAAUCAGAUGGCCAAAGCGGAGAGAAGGGCUCAGAUGGAUCCGAAAAUGAAUUAGACGCUACAAAUGAGGUUGAUGAAGAUGAUUGGGCCGUAGACGUUAGUGAGGCUGCAGUGAAAGCUCGUAUGGAAGACUUGACUUCUGGCGCUAAAGGGCUAACUAUUUCGGAUGAUUUGGAGAAAACUCCCAAAGAGCGCAUCGAUUUGUUCUAUUCGUUUGUCAAACAACGUCGCGAUCAAGGAAUGCUCUCGAAACCAGGUGCCGACAAGGACAUAGUUUCGGAAGCUGAACGUCUGGAUGUUAAGGAUAAGGCACCACUAAUAUUGUGUGAAUUGAUAUUUGAUAGCAAUAUUCUUUCCCAGAUGAAGACAUACCGUUCCCUGCUUUCCCGUUCCACCCAGGGGAAUCCAAAAGCACAGAAAGCAUUGCUCGGUGGCGUUGAAUGCAUUAUACAACUGAACCAAACAACCUUAUUGCCGAAAGUUCCACACAUUCUUAAAGGACUUUACGAUCUGGAUCUGGUUGAUGAGGAAGUCAUGAUCGAUUGGGGUUCAAAGCCAAGUCGUAAAUAUGUCAGCAAAGAGCUCAAUGCUGAAAUUCUGGCUAAGGCUCAGGCGUUUAUUACGUGGUUGAAAGAGGCAGAAGAAGAAUCGGAGGACGAUUCCGAUGACUCCGAUGUUGAAAUUGAAUAUGACGAUCGAGCAAGACCUACCACCUUAAUCGAGCAGAAGAAUGCAACUCCGCAGUUGGCUAAAACGGCUGUUAAGGAAAACGUGGCGGUGAUGUCAUCGGUGCUACAAGCGCAUCGUUUACGCAAGUUGGAGAGCAUCAGCAAAGCGACAACCAUGACUCAGGAGGAGAUCGUCAGCAGCACCAAGACGGUGUCGCAGGGGUUGGAAGCUCUGAGGGCCGAACACCAAUCCAUCUUGCAAGGGCUAAAUGGAUCUCUCAAAGCUGCCACUCAGGAGAAGCUUGAUGCGAAUGUCAUCGAGGAAAAAGCCAAUCUGAUACAGAAAUCGCUCGAUAUGAUCGAUCUCGGCCUCGGAGAAGCCCAGGUUAUGGUGGCAUUGGCAACUCACUUGCAAGCACUCGAAGCAGAAAAGCAAAAGUUGCGGGCGCAGGUGCGUCGGUUGUGUCAAGAAAACGCGUGGCUCCGUGAUGAGCUGGCCAACACACAACAACGCCUUCAGGCUUCAGAGCAAGCCGUCGCUCAAUUAGAAGAGGAUAAGAAGCACCUCGAGUUCGUUAACACCAUCAAGAAAUAUGAUGCCGAUCAGGAGGAGUCCACAUCGGACGUGUCGCAUAAAGAAAAAAGCGACGAUCCAACUAUUGAUCUCUUUCCGGAUGAUGAUGCUGAUGAACGUGGGCCCAUGUCACCAACUCCACCAUCGCAACUAGCACAGCAAGCGAAUGCGGGAUACGAAAUUCCCGCCCGGCUCAGGACACUACACAACUUGGUGAUCCAGUACGCUUCGCAAGGACGUUACGAAGUUGCCGUUCCGUUGUGCAAACAGGCGCUAGAAGAUUUGGAGAAAACGAGCGGUCACGAUCAUCCCGAUGUCGCCACCAUGUUGAACAUUCUAGCCUUAGUUUAUCGGGACCAAAAUAAAUACAAGGAAGCGGCUAAUUUAUUGAACGAUGCUCUCAGUAUUCGAGAAAAGACAUUGGGAGAAAACCACCCAGCCGUUGCUGCAACGUUGAAUAAUCUGGCUGUGUUGUACGGCAAGCGCGGUAAAUACAAGGAUGCCGAGCCGUUGUGCAAACGGGCUCUCGAGAUCCGCGAAAAGGUCCUUGGAAAAGAUCAUCCCGAUGUUGCCAAGCAACUCAAUAACUUGGCCUUACUUUGCCAGAAUCAAGGCAAAUACGAAGAAGUGGAGAGGUAUUACCAGCGCGCACUAGAAAUCUACGAGAGUAAAUUGGGCCCCGACGAUCCCAACGUGGCCAAGACCAAGAACAAUUUGGCUUCCGCGUAUCUGAAACAAGGAAAAUACAAAGAAGCCGAAAUUCUUUACAAACAAGUGUUAACACGAGCUCACGAACGCGAGUUUGGCGCCAUCGAUGGCGAUAACAAAACCAUUUGGCAAGUGGCCGAGGAGCGCGAAGAGAACAAGGGACAGAACAAGGGCAAUACACCCUACGGUGAUUACGGCGGCUGGCACAAGGCAGCCAAAGUGGACUCUCCCACAGUUACCACCACUCUUAAGAAUCUUGGGGCUCUGUACCGACGCCAAGGCAAGUACGAGGCAGCCGAGACUCUGGAGGACUGUGCUAUGCGCAGUAGCAGCAGCAAGCACCCUCUCGAUAUGAACCGGCUGCGGAGCUCAAGACGCUCCAACGAGCCCAACGUGGACACAAAGACGCGAAGUGCCAGAGAGAGUGCAGCUCGACGUGGAUCGCACGAGUCCCUGGAUUCUGUUCACACGGAGGUGUCCGACGAGUGGGUGGGCCGGACGCGCCGCAGUGGUUCCUUUUCUAAGCUGCGCGCCUCCAUCCGUCGGAGCAGUGCGAAGCUAAUGCAGAAACUAGUGACGAGGGAUGACCCGUCUCCUGCCUUGGCCAUCGACUUCCCUGCCAAUUUGGCUUCCAGCAUGAAGCGAUCAAACUCCAUGUCCGUCCUUAAUGCCCAGUUCCAGCGUGAGCAGAGCCUUAUAAGCAACUUGAUGGGCCUCCGCGGCCGAACAACAAGCACGGAAUUCAUUCGCCCGUCUCUCACUGCAGCUACUGCUAAUGUUACGUAGCAUCGGCCACCUCUUAUGCGCUGUUCAACGAUAUUUUGGCUCAUUUCGUUUCCUUUUGCACCUCUGUUUAUUCUUUCGUUAAACUGUGAUUUUGCAGUCCUAAAUCAUUUAGUUAUAAAUGACAACCUAAUUGAUUUGACACCCUCUUCUGUGAGGCUUUAUUUGUCUGACGGAAUCACGUAUUCCUGCUUAACUGAAGUUGCGUAUUCCACACUUUUUCCUUAUGUGCGACAGCUGAGAGAUUGCUAAUGCGCAUUAUUUUGAUUGAUUUCACCUGACUUCCAUGCGUAAUCGCCGUCACAGUGGUAUUUCGUUGCUCUGCGUCACAUUUGGGAAACUAUAAACUUCCCGUUAUAAAUUAGUGCUGUUUGAAGACUCGCGCGAACCAUGUAUUUGAGAAUAACUUGAAUAAUAAAUAUUACUUGCUUUGA